CGACCAUAGAGGAUGACAAGGUGUGGAGCUGCAGGUUGUGGGCUGUAACAGCAGUGACCUGCGGGGGGCGAUGGCUGCCGUCUACACCAGCCGGGACAUCGUGGAGGAUUUCCUCCACUACAAGCUGCUCAACAAGGGAGUGGCCUGGCGUUUCCCGCCGCCACCGCGCCAAUCAGGCGCUCAGCGCGUACACCAGGAAGCUUCGUCUGCUACGUCGAGGACAUCAGGCAGAGGCGUCGCUCCAGGUGAUGCCCAGCAAGAUCCCUGGUCAACCCCUCCUCGGCUACAGGUCGCCCUGCGGUGCGCCGGUGACGAGCUGGAGUGCAGUUACCGUGGCAACCUCUCAGCCCAGGUGUCAGCACUGCUGCCCUGCAGGGAUGGCGACGGGGGCGGCAGCCGGUCGGCGCGAAGGCAAAGCCUUACUGUGGUCAGGGAGGAGCUGUUCAGGGACGGCGUGAACUGGGGACGCAUCGUGGCCAUGAUGGAGCUGGGAGGCGCUCUGAGUGCCGAGGUGGCCAAGACGGGCGGGGCGUGGCAGGUGGACGACAUCGCCAGGUGGAUGGAGGAGAGUCUGGACUCACCGCCGCUGCAGGGAUGGAUAGAAGACAAUGGAGGAUGGAAUGCCUUUGUGGAGUUGUACGGCGAGUCCAGACCUCCAGUCAGUUUCUGGUCUCUGAAGACAGUGUUUGGACUGGUUGUACUGGGAGCAGCUGGGAUCGCACUGGGAGCCCUGUUCACCCAGAAAUAA